ACAUGGAGGUGCGCUUGGAAUGAAUGCGAGUGCUGUAAACACGUCUUUGCUCUUUAAAAAUAUAACUGUAAUAAUUUAUAACAGCGUCGAUAGACAGGAAGAUAAGUGAAAAAAAUUAGCGAAACGUAAGGGUUUCUUGAGUUGGAGAAGAAAUGGCAGGAAUCCUUUUUGAAGACAUCUUUGAUGUGAAGGACAUUGACCCUGAUGGAAAGAAGUUUGACAGAGUGUCUCGCCUGCACUGUGAGAGCGAGUCUUUCAAAAUGGACCUCAUUCUUGACGUCAACACGCAGAUAUACCCUGUUGACCUCGGAGACAAGUUCAGGCUUGUGAUAGCGAGCACCCUGUAUGAAGAUGGUACUCCGGAUGACGGGGAAUACAACCCACAGGAUGAUCGACCCUCAAGGGCGGACCAGUUCGAUUACGUCAUGUACGGCAAGGUGUACAAGAUCGAGGGCGACGAGACCUCGACGGAAGCGGCCACACGACUCUCAGCCUACGUCUCUUACGGAGGCCUGUUGAUGCGGCUGCAGGGAGACGCCAACAACCUGCACGGGUUCGAGGUGGACUCCCGGGUUUACCUACUCAUGAAGAAACUGGCUUUCUGAUAUGUGUGUCUCCACCGUCCCUCUGCCCCUAGGACUCUUUGCCAGGUUGACUCCGAGACCACACGGAAGUGAUGUCAUUCUUGGAAUAAGAUAACUUUAAAGUGAUUGAUGAUUACUGGCC